UCUUAGCUUUAAAGAAAUCUGAACAUUUCAGAAAUGAACACAUUUAGAAAAGGACAAGUCUUAUGAAUGGCUAUAUCAUAAGAUCAAAACACGAAGACAAAUGCUGAAUCUGAAAAUUUGAAGAUUUGAAAAUUGUCAACGACAAAUCUUCUCAAAAGUGUUCAAUUCAAUUGAGCGGAAUUCCAAAUCAGAACGGAUUCAAGUCGUUUAUGUUAGCAUUUUUGCUGAGCGGUUUCGUUUUCUUCACUUCCGUUCAACGAGUCCUGGUGGAGUUUUGCGAAGCAGACUCUUAUACUGACGGUUGUAGCGUGCCAUUUGGCUUAGACACGCCAUUCAAAGAAAUUUUUACAAAGGCCUGUAAUAAACACGAUACAUGUUAUGGAUGCGGCUACCAUUUCAAUUGGUCUCGUGCCCUAUGCGACGCAGCAUUCCUACGGGACAUGAAGAACCUGUGCAGACCACCAGCUCCAUCACGCAAGCGAAGAUUUGUCGCAGCGCUCAUGGAAUUAUGGGAUUUACUACGUGGAAUAAGUAAAAAGGAGAAAAGAUGUCGCAUGAUGGCGGAUGUUUAUUACGAUGGAGUGCGAAUGUUUGGCGAGUCACAUUAUGCAAACGUUCACUAUGCUUACUGCUAUACGGAAUGUGCAAAGUUACACGGAAGCCCUUUUGUAACACUUAAACGAAGACAACGAUAAAGUUGCGUGUGAUAUAUACAGUGUUUUCGCUUAAAUAAACCUGUAAAUGAUUUGUAUUUUAGCUUGGAGAUCUUUUUAAAGCACGCUAUUUCAUAUAAUCAUUAGCAUGAUUUGUAUUUUAGCUUGGAGAUCUUUGUAAAGCACGCUAUUUCAUACAAUCAUAA